AUGGCAGCAUCCUUAAAACCAAGUAAUCUUCUUAACCGAAGAUUUCUACGAGUGUUAAUUUACACAGUCACUGUCUUAUCUAUCGGGCUGAUCCUUCUCCUCGUCGCAAAUCGGCGAAGAAUCAUUCACUUGGAUGAAAUCUUGCAACCGGACCUACUUCCGGACUACUUCCAGCCUAAAUCGCGUUUAUACAUUGCAGAUAUUUCUAUUGGCUCAUGCGGUCGUCUCAAUUGGAAAUCGUCCUUGUGUGCUACUCCUAAAGCCUCCGAGGGUCCUUAUGGAGACGUUGGUUCUGAAGGUGGAUGGACCACAUUGAACAAAGAUCUUUUGUUGGGCUCCAGUUGGACUACAAAGAGGUACUUGAAUGUGAAGAAAAUCUCCGGAAAGCAUUACGAGGCUAAUAGAGACAAGGUUGUUGUGGACGUGGCUCUUGCGUCCAGUGACGAUUGCAAUAUCAAGGGAAAUAAGCUUUGCGUCCCGAAAAAGGUCUUGCUCGAAGUCGGCGAAAAAAACAAGAUUGUUGGCUCGCAAAAUAGACGCCGGGACGACAAGAACGAUGCUGUCAAGGCUGCUGCGGUCGGAGGAGCCCCUAUUGGCCUUAUGCGUCGUUCAUCUACGAAUAACAACAAGAAAACUCCUGAGAAUAUUAGAGUUCCUUCGGCUAAAGAGUUUGCCAAUUCCGGUUGGGAAAGUAAGGGCUAUGGCCUUUGGAUCAAACGUGGUCCAGCCACAGACACCAGUAUUCAAGAUCUCGACAUCUUGUUCGGACAUGACGCCGUAGAACCUCGUAUUGGAUGGACUCUUAGUGACAGCCCCCUAAUGGGCCUCGGUAUGGCUGGAAGACCAGAACCUCGUGUCUCCGUGAAAGCGGGAGGAGACCAUCAGAAUCCUAUCAUCGACAAGUUGCAGUUUAACAAGAAUGGAAGAUUCAAAAUUUUGCAGGUUGCAGAUAUCCACUUUUCUACAGGCGUUGGUAAGUGCCGUGACCCAGAGCCUCCUGAGAGUGCUAAGGGAUGUGAGGCAGACCCAAGAACUCUCAAAUUUAUCAAUAGUGUACUUGACUUGGAACAACCUGAUAUGAUUGCAUUGACUGGUGAUCAGAUUUUUGGUGAAGCUGCUCCAGAUCCUCAAACUGCUUUAUUCAAAGUUUUGAUGCCCUUUAUUAAGAGAAAAAUUCCAUACGCCAUCACCGUGGGAAAUCAUGAUGACGAAAGUGUUUUGUCCCGUCAAGAGAUGAUCGAGUUGGCGGCAUCCUUACCAUACUCUCUCACUGAGGUAGGCGCUGAAAAGGUCGAUGGAUUCGGCAAUUAUCGUGUGGAUGUUGCUGGCUCAAAGUCAUCAGCAGAUGCUGCAUUAUACUUUAUGGACAGUCACAGCUACUCUUUAGAUCCUAAGAAUGAUCCUGGUUACGACUAUUUCAAACAAUCUCAACUUGAUUGGAUUGUGGGUUCUUCGCAAGAGUUGGGGCGCCUGUCAGAAGCACAGCGGUUAUCUAUGGCAUUUUUCCACAUACCGUUACCAGAAUAUCGCAAAACAGACCAACCAAUGGUUGGGCUGCUCAAGGAGGGUGUGACUGCUCCAAAUAAGAACACUGGUAUGAGAAGCGCUUUGGCGCACGCGGGAGUGCAAGUGGCCACUUGUGGACACGACCAUGCCAAUGACUAUUGUUUACUUGACACAGAAGCAGAUGAAACCUUGCAUGAAAAUAGAAUGUGGCUUUGCUACGGUGGUGGAUCUGGCGAAGGUGGAUAUGGAGGCUACGAUGGGUACGUCAGACGGGUCAGAGUCUUUGGUUUGCGCUCAAAUACCAAUUCCAUUUACACAUGGAAAAGACUCGAGAAUGACCCCUUGAAAGUCGUUGACCAUCAAAUGGUCGUGAAGGAAGGUGUUGUAGACCAAGUCGAGGAUGACAAUCAGGAAUAA